GUUUGCAUGUGUGGUGGUAAAUAAUUAAUGAAAAGUGUAAUGGCGUCGUUGAGUAGUGUUUUUAUUUGUCAUCAACAAUUGCUUAGACGUUAAUUGUUGCUAUUUAGGUAUGUAAAAAAAAAUCAUGCUUCCGAUUGACGAAUGAUGAAUUCUUGACCUCUCGCGUAUUCAGCGUUAACUUCAGAGGUGUUACCCGGGAGGCCAAAUAGUGGAGGUGGACAUAGAUAAAAUAAUGGCGCGACCAAAGCAUCGAGGAAAUGUGGAUACUUGUGCCGACUGUGGAGCGCCUGAACCAGGAUGGGCAUCUUUGAACAGGGCUAUUCUAUUGUGCGACGAAUGCUGCAGUAUACACCGCAGUCUAGGACGCCAUGUAUCGCAUAUCAAAUCUCUUCACAAGGGAAUUUGGAGUACAUACUUGCUUUCGAUGGUGCGUACCCUGAAUAACAAUGGUGCCAAUAGCAUUUGGGAACAUUCCUUGUUGGAUCCGAGCAUCUCUAAGACUAAUAGACGAAAACCUCAAUCCAAAGAUCUGUUACACCCGGUGAAAGCGGACUUCAUCAAGGCAAAACAUCAGCAGCUGGCAUUUAUUCUGCGACCUAGUAAAGAAGAAAUUUGUAGCGAGGAAGAACUUAGUAGACAGCUUCACAGCAGCGUUCGUACCGCUAAUCUAGAAACUUCCCUUCGUUUAUUGGCUCAGGGUGCUAAUCCAAACUACUUUUAUCAAGAAAAAGGAACAACGCCGUUACAUGUUGCUGCUAAAGCAGGACAGGCGCUACAGUUGGAACUCCUCAUAGCUAAUGGCGGCAACCCUAGUACAAUGGACUUGAAUGGCCAAACACCUGCUGAACAUGCCAAGAUGGCCGGACACCUGGAUCUAGCUGAGCGAAUUAUAGAAAGUAUGUACGAAGUUACAGACAGAUUAACUUACCACGUUUGCUCUCGGAAACCGGAACAUCGAUUAGGACAACAUCUCAUUAUACCUCAAUGGGGUACAACGGAGAGAAAUGAAAUGACUAUUCAAGCUAGAAAUAAGUUACAAAUGUUACCAAAUCAUUUGUUGGAAGAGCUUGCGAUGGAUGUUUACGAUGAGGUAGAUCGUCGCGAGACAGAAGCUAUUUGGAUGUCGAACGCGUCUUUGCCAGAGAGAUGCACAGUCCCUUUUUUGCCGGUAAACCCUCAAUUAUCGUCGACAAGGAAUCAGGGUAGACAAAAGCUUGCACGGUUCACUGUUCAAGAGUUUGCAAUUUUAAUCAUCGAUCUUCUUACCGAGGCCAAGCAGAGACAUAUGCUUGCUAACGCUGCUCCUCCACAAGAUCCUGCAGUUUCAUUGCUUCGCAAAGAGCAGACCUUUGCCAAUCAUGCAUCACAAGUAUCAGAUGAUGAGCCUUUAUAUGACAGCGUGGCUUCCGAUGACGACUAUGCUGCUCUUACAGUAGUUAAUGCUUCUGCCCAGACAUCUGUUCCCAAUUUGGAUGACGAGAAAGCUCUCGCUCCAAUGGCCAAGGGACUACCGUCUGUGGUUGAAGUUCUGAAGAAGCAACUAACUCUCUCCGAUUCGACAAUUCGUGACCUACGCAAUGAAAUACGUUCUCUUCAGUCCACCGUUGAAAGAUUAUCACAAGAGAACUGUGAGCUACGAAAUAUGAUUCAGGUACCUCUGAAAUCAAGACCCCAAGAAGAUGCUGUGGUUAAUGGACACGUGGUCGGUGAGCGAGAACUGGAAUCAGAACCAAUCCUGGAUAUAAAAACCCCGACACCUCGAGGUAGUCAAAGACCGGCAUCAAUGUACGAAACCAGAGAAGGUCUUCGCAAGUCUUCUCCGUGGUCCACGGCUAAUAAUCAAGCAAAACGGGAGGUUGAAGCAUUACCACGCCCGAAUACAACGCAGAGUCUGUGGGACUGUGGCACUGUGAGUCUUCCCCCUAGCGAGGAAGUAACUAGAAGAACAGAACAAGUCACGAGACGUAUUCAAGAGUUGUGGAUGGCUAUGCAGGAACCCAGUUGCAGAGAAGCUUUUGUCCCUUGCGCGGAAAAAAUUCGUGUAGCAGUCGCUGAGUUGACCGCAAUAUUUCCGCCGAAUCCAAUGGAGGAUAACGUACGAUCGGCGUUACGUCAAUUAAAUGGUAACACAGGUAGACUUCAAGCAGAAUGCGCGGGACUACAAAGGUGCACAAGUGACACAGACCACAUGGAUCGGUGUCUUCAACAAGUACGCUCGUGCGCUUACGACAUAGCCAAAGCCACAAAACUUCUGGUCACUCAAUUUCAGGUAUGUUGAUACUGAAUUAGGUUAAUUUCUACAAAACUUUUCAAAGAUAAAUCACGUUAGGAAGUUGUGCAAUUCUCGAAAAUUUGAUGUAGCGAAUGUUUGUUUAAAGCUGCAUUAGGUAAAUCAUUACUGAUAAUAAUAUGCAUAUGUUCAUGAAAUUUGUAAAUAUACGUAUACAGCUUAUCAGCUUGUGAAUAACUUUUUUCUCAACGCUCGAGUGGUUGAUCAGUGAUCACACUUACAUUUCACAAAUCAAAUUAACAAAGUAUACGAUUUCUGUAUCAUAUAUCAUGCGAGUAACGUAAUGUCAUCUAUUUCAUAUUUUAAAAGUCUAUUCAAUGUAGGUAAUUUCUACUUUAAUCGUUAAUAUCAAUUGUAAAGACUGAAUCUAUUUAGAGCCUGGAAUUCGGUUUACCGAUUAGUGUAAAUUUUGAAGGAAAAAAAAUAUUGCCAAAUCGUAUAUAGUUCAAAUCCAAAACUUAUGCGCAACCUUAAAAUUCAGGUCAAAUCUUUUCAGACUUAAUAUGUACGUAUCAAUAAUAUGGUAUAUUAAGAAAAGACUGCAAUAGUAUGCAUAUAACGUAGUUCACAAAUUUGAAUAGUUAGGUUACAUCUGGCAAGCUAGGUAACUAACAGAUUCUUAAGACAAAUGUAUAGUUCAAUACAGUUGCGUAUUAAUUUCUUCCAUCUUAGCUAUAUUCUUUCCACUUUUAUCUGUAUUAUUUUUAUUCAUCUUUUAUAAUCCACUCAAUAUUUCGAUAGUUGAUCAAUUUAUUCAUCUUUACGUACACCUCCGUUUUUAUUUUGAAAUACAUGAGUCUGAAAUUUUUUUCGAAUCAUUGAAUUCAACUUAUUUCCAAUAUGAAUUAUCUUCAAUCUUUAGAUAGAGAUAUUUCCUUAAUGAAUUUUUUUAUGAAGGUAUCGUUAAUUUUGUUGACACGACCUUUCACGCCUUCUAAAUUAUUUGAUGAGCGAUAAGGAAAAAGAGGAAUGUGCCUGGAUAUACAAAGAUAUUUAUUGCAUUUAUUCAUGCUUUUAACAAUUGUUUUUAAUGUGCAGCUAAAGAAUCCAUAAAAAAAAAUAUUUAGUGUACUGUUAAACAGAAUCCUGAUGUAUUGCUUCAGAUUCAAAUUUUUAUAUAGAAUAUAUUAAAGCUAAAAAGUGUUCCGUAUUAAAUACAAUUAUGGGAAUAUUUUGAUGAUAAAAAAAUAUAUAAAAAUACAUCUAUAUAUAUAUAUAUAUAUAGCUCUAGGUAUAUAUAUAAAUAACGUUUUUCAGUAUCGAUAAAAGAAUGCUGUUAUUCUCGAAAGGUGCUUAAUGUUACACAAUGUUUAGUUAAUUGAUGUGGCUUCAGAGGAUGCGAACUGACGUAGGCUUAGUAAUAUUGUGCAUCCCCUUUGCCAUUGGAAUUUUACUGGUUGUCGAAUAAAAUAAUUAUCGAACAUGUUGAAAUUAAUUGUUUAGAAUAUUUGCGAUUUUUAGGAGUACCGUUUCAUCUAAUAUUACGUUUAUUUAAUAACGAAGAAAAUACAAUAUAUACCAUGUGUGUAGCUAAUUUUAUAAUAUUAUUAUUACUAUUAAAUAUUAUUAUUGUACUACAUCGACACGUGUAAUAUUAAGUAUUUAUCCUCAUUGAAGUUUUGAAUGAGUUGACAAAUUACAUAUAAAUACAUACGAUAUACAUA